UGCGUAAACACCGUUAAAUGUUGCUGUUUCCGGGUUUUAUUUAGUACUUUCGACAUGUUCUUGGUCUUCUUUGUGAGUUUAUUCCUUUCAUAGCUCCAUCGCAGCUUGUUUGAACCUUACCUGUCAAUGACCUCAAUGUUACAUUCUAUAGAACAGAAGAAUGGCAGAUGACGAGAUAUUGUUUGAUGAAGUUUAUGAACUCAAGGAAGACAUUGGAAGGGGUCCAUUCAGCGUUGUACGAAGAUGUCUACACAGGGACACUCGCAAGUUGUUUGCAGUCAAGAUAGUCGAUGUUGCCAAAUUCACUUCCAGUCCUGGUCUAAGCACUGAAGACCUGAAGCGGGAAGCCAGCAUAUGUCACAUGUUAAAACACCCACACAUAGUGGAGCUGCUGGAAACCUACAGCUCCGAUGGCAUGCUCUACAUGGUCUUUGAGCACAUGGAAGGUGCAGACCUGUGUUUUGAGAUCGUCAAGAGAGCCCUGUCAGGAUUCGUAUACAGCGAGGCAGUCGCUAGUCACUACAUUCGUCAGAUUCUUGAGGCAUUACGGUACUGCCACGCCAACGGGAUCAUUCAUCGGGACCUGAAACCACAUUGUGUCCUCUUGGCCUCAACUGAAAACUCCGCCCCCGUCAAACUUGGAGGAUUUGGGGUUGCGGUACAGCUUCCAGACAAUGGGAAAAUAUCUGGGGAUGUACUUAUAAAACACGGCCUUGAGCCUUUCGUGGAGCUUGCCGCAGACAGAGUGGGCCGCAUCGGUACCCCUCAGUUCAUGGCUCCAGAGGUUGUAAAGCGAGAACCAUAUGGGAAACCGGUGGAUGUGUGGGGCUGUGGGAUCAUGCUGUUCAUCCUGCUCUGCGGUUAUCCCCCUUUCAUGGGAACCAAAGAACGGCUGGCAGAGCUUAUUGUACAGGGGAGAUAUCAUAUGCGUGAGAAGCAGUGGAUUACGAUAUCCCCGGAAGCAAAGGAUCUCGUCUCCAAGAUGCUGGAGGUGGAUCAGGAACAGAGGAUCACCGUGGAAGAGGCUCUGCAGCACCCCUGGAUCAAGGAACGAUCAAAGAUUUCCAAGAACCAUUUGACAGAAACUGUUGAAGAAUUAAAGAAAUUCAACUCCAGAAGAAAAUUGAAGGGUGCAAUCAUGGCUGCGGUGUCAAGUGCCAAGUGGGCCAGCUUCUACAAUGACCCGCCACUUGCAGGCGCCAACGAGGAGGAGGUCACCAGUGCUGGAGCUGUGAGUCAGGUGCUUGACUCCCUCGAUGAGAUCACGUGCCUCACCGACUGCAACGGGCAGAGCUUCCUCGAGAAGAUUCUGGUCGACACCCGACUACAUACACUACUUAACUUGUAUGACAAGAUCAACUCUCGCCAAAACCAGCCUUCCAAACACCUUACCACUGACGCUGUUAUAAGGGCAAAACAGGUUCUCCUUAACAUUGAGGGGGAUGGCAGUCCAGAGGCAAAUGCCCUGCGAUCACUUCUCGACAAGACACACUUUAAGGCCUUGCUGCAAGCCCACGAUGUCGUGGCCCACGAGGUGUACGGAGAGGAAGCUGUGAGAGUGACACCUACGACGACACAGCCCUUCCUCAACGGCACUGCCGACCCUGAGUCACCUGACAUGUCAGACACGGACACAACUGUGACACGUGUGCGGCUUGUGCAGUUCCAGAAAACAACAGAUGAGCCAAUGGGCAUCACUCUGAAGCUGAAUGACGAUGGUCGGUGCCUGGUUGCGCGGAUCAUGCAUGGAGGGAUGAUCCACCGACAGGGCACGCUGCACGUGGGAGAUGAGAUAAGGGAGAUCAACGGGGUCAGCGUCAUCGACCAGACCGUGGACAACCUCCAGAAAAUGCUGAAAGUGCAGGGCACAGUAAGCUUCAAGGUGAUACCCAGUCAGAGAGGGCUGAUCUUCCGAGAACGAUACGAAAACAACAACCACAAGGAGACUUCCCUAGGGGCUGGGGCCAAUGUGGAAGGCCAAAGCUCACUGGGUUUUCGCCCGCACAUUGAGAUAUUUGUUCGAGCCCUGUUUGACUACGUUCCAUCCGAUGAUGAUCUCAUUCCAUGCUCGCAGGCUGGUGUUCCAUUUGCAGUUGGAGACAUCCUCAGGGUGAUCAGCAAGGAGGACAACAACUGGUGGCAGGCACGCCGUAUUGACGUCCCGACCAUCGAGCCUGCGGGCCUCAUCCCCUCGCCUGAGCUGCAGGAGUGCAGGGCCAUGACCUUGGCCAAGGAGAGGGCCCGCCAGGAACAUACAGUGCAUUGUUCAUGGUUUGGAAAAAAGAAGAAAGACAAGUACCUUGCCAAACACAACGCUGUGUACGACCAAUUAGAGGUGAACACGUAUGAGGAGGUUGUACGAUUGCCAGCGUUUGUUCGUCGAACAUUAGUCCUUCUAGGUGCCCACGGUGUUGGAAGGCGACACAUCAAGAACACACUUAUCACCACCCAUCCGGAGAGAUAUGCCUACCCCACCCCUUAUACAACCCGUCCGCCAAAACCUGCCGAAGAGGACGGGAAAAAAUAUUACUUUGUAACACAUGAGAAAAUGAUGAACGACAUAGCUGCAAACAAGUACCUUGAAUACGGCACACAUGAGGAUGCAAUGUACGGAACCAAGUUAGAAACAAUCAAACAAAUACAUGAGAGAAACCUCAUGGCAAUAUUGGAUGUUGAACCACAGGCCCUGAAAGUGCUCCGUUCUGCAGAGUUUGCUCCCUUUGUUGUAUUUAUCGCGGCCCCUGGAGCUCUUCAGUUAACUAACGCAACUGGUAUAGAUGAGGGAAGCCUGGAGCGUCUUGCCAAGGAAAGUGAACUCUUGGAGAAACACUACGGCCACUACUUUGACUAUAAAAUCAUCAACAACAACAUAACUGACACCAUUGUGCAGCUUGAGUCGGCCAUUGAAGAUGUGUGCUCCACACCCCAGUGGGUGCCUGUCAGCUGGGUGUAUUGAAAACAUGGGAGGGGUGGGUGGAGGGAUAAUAAGAUGGGUGAGCUGAGGGGGGAUGUAAUAGUGGGAAAUGUGGGUAAAGCUAGCUGGUAGAGACAAGAAUUGGUAUAGCUAGCUGUGGGGGUAGUUGUAUUUAAAAAGGGGGGGGGGGGGGAGAUGUGGAUAGAGCUAGCAGUAAAGGCAUGGGAUUUGGGGUAUGGUAGUUGGGGUAUAGCUAACAGUUAGUGCAGGGAAUUCAGGUAGAGCAAUUGAACUUGUCGGCUCCAUACUUUAAUUGGUACCUGUUGGCUUAGUGUAUUGGGCUCCCCACAGGACUUCAGAUCAAAGGGUAUUAUAUCUUGCACAAGAUAAGUUUAAAGUAUUUAUUACAUUAUAGGUGUCUGUAAAUCCAUGGCAGACACAGACCUUGGUAUAAUUAAGGUUCAGGGGGGAAGGGUGUUUAGCAGGAUGUUGUUGUUUUUUUACUUUAACAAAUUGUGUUGUUAUAAAUAGCAAGCUGGUUGCAUGUUUAACAUAUGAAAUUUAUGUUAAGCGCACAAAAAUAGGUAUUCAUUAAUGGCAGUUCCAUACUGGUACAUGGUAAAAAUUAGUGGCAACCUUUGUCUGUAUUGAACAGGGGGUGGGUCCGCAGGGUGCUCUUUUCGGCACUCAAAAUUACAAGUGGGUAUGACCAUUUUUUAUAUCAGAGAAACAGUUUUGACUUUCAUUUGAAGUUUUCAUUCAUUUGAUUUACACUCCAGCUGUGGUUGGAUAUUUGACUGUGAAACAUGGUUUGAUAUUGUGCUUUGAUUCAGAAGUUGUUAAUGAUAUGUUAUUGAUGUCCUCAGGACACCCAUCAUUUUCAAAAUAUUAGGCUUCCACAAAACUGUUGUCAAUUAGUAUUAUUAAAUAGAGUAUAUUUGUAGUUUUAACUGGAAAAUUGAUUUUAAUUCAUUAGUGAUAAUAGAAAAUAUAUUUCUUUCUAUGAUCACAAGUUAAUUAAAAUUGAUAUUCCAAUGAAUCGAACAAAUUUUCUUUCUAUUUUAUGCCUACACAUGAUAAUUUUUAUGCCCCCGAUCGAAAGAUCAGGGGUAUAUUGUUUUUGGCCUGUCUGUCUGUCAUUGAGUCAUUGUGUCAGUCAUUGUAUGUGUGUGUCCCAAAACUUUAAUCUUGUUUAAAGUCUUGCAAUAACUUUUGCAAUAUUGAAGAUAGCAACUUGAUAUUUGGCAUGCAUGUGUAUCUUAUGGAGCUGCACAUUUUGAGUGGUGAAAGGUCAAGGUCAAGAUCAUUCUUCAAGUUCAAAGGUCAAAUUUAUGGCUUCAAACUGGCGCAAUAUAGGGGGCAUUGUCUUUCUGACAAACACAUCUCUUGUUGUAUUUAAACUGCAGAAUAAUGCUUUAAUAAUGAUGUCAUGACAUAAAAAAUAAUGUCAUUUCACAGUAAAACUGUAAAAAUUGUGUGUAUAUUAUUUAUACUGAAAGAUACAGCUCUCAGCCCUUUAAUUAUAAUUUUGUAAAAUGUGAUAAUAGACCAUAAAUCAUAAUGAUACAGUGGCAUAUUAAAGUGUAUGCUAUAUAUUAUAUUCAUAAGAAGCAGUUUUCAAAACAGAUUACUUCAUGUCCAAUGGGCACAAUGAAAUUGAAGGAACAUAUGCAAAAGGUCAAUUGUGGUUGUUGAUGCGUAAGGGGGCUUGAAAGGAAAACAAUAUUAAAACUGAGUAAAGCAAUAAUUGCACGGUUAGGUCAAUUAUUGCAUAGCAACUAUGUUAAUAUUUUGUUUCUGUACAUUUUGAAACUUAGCCAGAUAUAGUAUGCAAAUAUUUUUAUUUGAAUGCGUUUUGUGUUUGAAAAAUUAGAUGAGUUGUGAGUAGAGAGUUUAUUUUAACAUAAAUUUAUUAUGUUUUAUAGAUUUUGUUAUUCUGUGUAUAUACUGUAGCUCGCAUUUAUUGGGUUCUUAGAAUGUAACAUUACAUUAUUUGUUUUGAAUUUUCAUUUGAUUAGACUUCAUGUUUUAUUUUUCAAAGAUGAUUGAGUUAACUUUUUAUAUAAUUAUUAUUUUUUUAGUUGAUGGAAUCAGGUACAUAAGUUAAACAAUUCUAAUUGAAGCCAUUACCGCAACAUUAGUUUAUAUAGAUUCCCGUAGUGAAUUAUAUUUGAUGUAUAUGUGCAUAAAUAACCUUUUGUUUAAAAUAUAUUUUAUUUUAUAUACAUUCAUCAGAUACUAAACAUAAUUAUUUAUGUUCAUGUUAUUCUUAUUACAAUAUUCAGUUUUGUAUAUGUUCUUUUAGAUGUACACAUGCAUAUAAUAACCUAUUAUCAUCUUAUGUUAAGUUCAUAUAUUUACAUUAGCACCAGUGGAAGUUUACGUUUUAGAAUGUGUGAUGUGAGUUUUUGUAGAAGGUAUUUGGUGAAGUGACUGCAAGAGGUAAUCAAAACAAAACAGAUGUUUCAAGUUACAUAAUAGAUGCAAACAUUUUUGACAGAAACAUAUUUGCUGUGCUAUGUGUAUAAUAACAUGUGUUUAUGUCUUACAUGUAAUCAUGGAUUACGAUAAUACAUGUACAAACCUUC